AUGAAAUUAUCACCAAGUGUUUCAAUAGCAGUUCUGCUCAGUCAGAGUACCUCAGCUUUCCAGCCAACAACCGUCCCGAGAAGGUCCUUCGAGUUGAACUCACUAAUUGAUCAGGCAUAUGAUGUACCUUCCAUUUCAGAUACGUAUUCUCGAGCCGGGUUCAAGGUUGCUGACGUCGCCGCUACAAAAGCCUCAGUGGUUGCCGCUUCUAGUGCACAAUCUUCUGCUGAAGCUUCCGCCAAAGUAGCUGAGGCAUCCGUCAAAGUAGCUGAAGCAUCCACGAAGGCCGCUGCUGAGGCAACCACACAAGUUUCCUCGGCUGUUGACGAAUUUGUCAAGGCUACAAACGAUAUUACUCCUAUGACAAAGACAACUGUAGCCACGACUAUUGACGCAUUCAAACCCGUGGUUUCACCAUUGGCUCAAAAUCAUUUCCCAAGAGUGGAGGCGCAUCUUGAACCUUUGGAACCUGGAAAAGCAAGGCCUUUGUUCGAAUACCUCCAGGAGGCGUUGCUGCAAAAUGGUGGCAUUUCAUUAGGCGGACUAUCCCUAGAGGAUUCAAAGUCCAAGUUGAAUCUUUUGAUCAGUAACACCUACGCUAUGUUUGGACAAAAUGCCCCCUCAAAUCUUCCAGAGUUGUCGAAUUUGCCAGAAGGAUCAGCUGGAUGGAUAGCUACUGCUACGGUAUCUCUGAUUGCCCUUGGUCAACGCAAUGCUGGUCUUGCCGAUGCGAAAGAAGCCAUGGGAACUAUAGUACAGAAAGAAGCCUCUGCGAUGACGGAGAUUGCCGAUGAAUUGAAAAAGAUGGGACAGGAAAUUGAAAAGUUGAAUAAAGAAACUGCUGCUUUGAGCAAGGAGCUGCAGGCAGCGAAGGCAAAACUCACAGACAAGGAUCUCGCUCUCGGUCAGAUGCGAUUGGAAUCUGCAGAUAAGGAAUUGCAAUUGAACCGAGCAAUCAACGCACUAAAGACCAAGCUUGGAGAAGCCGAUAGUCGUCUAGGACACCUCGACAAAGUCAAGAGUGUUGCAGCUCCUAGUCCGGUGGAAAGCCCCCCUGAAAAACCUACUCCUCUUGUCAGAACUGUUACAGACUCAGCUAAUAUUCUCGAUAUCGUCAAAGAGAUGGAAUUGGAAAAUGGCAAAAAGAAAAAGGCUGCAACAAAGGGAGAGCCAAAAACUGUUCGAGUGGUGAAAUCUGCAAAGGGAGAAAAGAAGACUGCCGCAAAGAAGAAAUCAGUGAAAGGAGAAACUACCGCUGAGGCUAAGAAACCUCCCGCAAAGAAAAAGGCCGCCCCAAAGAAAAAAGCAGCAACAAAGAAGGCAACUGCAAAGAAAGCUACAGCAGCCAAAACGGGCGCAGAAGACAGUUGGAGCACGCUAUCUCAAUCAACAUUGACUAGGAAGACGGUCAAGCAAUUAACGGAUUACUUGAGUACAAAGGGUGUGGACACAACCGACGAGGAUGGGAAACCGCUCAAGAAGGCUCUUCUAGUUGAGGCUAUCCAAACAGCGUAA